CGGGAGGUUUGGCCUUUAUUCCCACAUUCAAAGUUGGAACCUCCCCCAAAUUAAGAAUGGAGUUUUAGUACCCACUUGUGGCAGGAAUCCUGGGGGGAAGGGGUCCUUUUUUCCUUUUUCUUUUCUUUUUCGUUUUUCUUUUUUUUUCCUUUUUUGGGCACCCUACACCCUUCCACACACGCUCACCCCAAAAUUAAACACCAAGAUCCUCUAAGUUGUUUGGAUCGACUGAUGAAGACAUAAAGCCAGUUACGCUCUAUGUUUUUCGAGGUGGAGUGAGUGGUUUUUCUUCAUUUUUAAAUGGCCAAAUGACAGCUUGACCCAGUUUGCUUUCCAAUCAAAGGGCAUUUUUUUGAAUGUCUCUUUGUGGCGCAAGAGCCAAUGCAAAAAUGAUGGCGGCUUACAAUGGCGGUACAUCUGCAGCAGCAGCAGGUCACCACCACCACCAUCACCACCACCUUCCACACCUCCCUCCUCCUCACCUUCACCACCACCACCACCCUCAACACCAUCUUCAUCCGGGGUCGGCUGCUGCUGUACACCCUGUACAGCAGCAUACCUCUUCGGCAGCUGCCGCAGCCGCAGCAGCGGCUGCAGCUGCAGCCAUGUUAAACCCUGGGCAACAACAGCCAUAUUUCCCAUCACCGGCACCGGGUCAGGCUCCUGGACCAGCUGCAGCAGCCCCAGCUCAGGUACAGGCUGCCGCAGCUGCUACAGUUAAGGCGCACCAUCAUCAGCACUCGCAUCAUCCACAACAGCAGCUGGAUAUUGAACCGGAUAGACCUAUUGGAUAUGGAGCCUUUGGUGUUGUCUGGUCAGUAACAGAUCCAAGAGAUGGAAAGAGAGUAGCACUCAAAAAGAUGCCCAACGUCUUCCAGAAUCUGGUCUCUUGCAAAAGGGUCUUCCGAGAAUUGAAGAUGUUGUGUUUUUUUAAACAUGAUAAUGUACUCUCUGCCCUUGACAUACUCCAGCCUCCACACAUUGACUAUUUUGAAGAAAUAUAUGUUGUCACAGAAUUGAUGCAGAGUGACCUACAUAAAAUUAUUGUCUCUCCUCAACCACUCAGCUCAGAUCAUGUCAAAGUUUUUCUUUAUCAGAUUUUGCGAGGUUUGAAAUAUCUCCAUUCAGCUGGCAUUUUACAUCGAGACAUUAAGCCAGGGAAUCUCCUUGUGAACAGCAACUGUGUUCUAAAGAUUUGUGAUUUUGGAUUGGCCAGAGUAGAAGAAUUAGAUGAAUCCCGUCAUAUGACUCAGGAAGUUGUUACUCAGUAUUAUCGGGCUCCAGAAAUCCUGAUGGGCAGCCGUCAUUACAGCAAUGCUAUUGACAUCUGGUCUGUAGGAUGUAUCUUUGCAGAACUACUUGGACGAAGAAUAUUGUUUCAGGCACAGAGUCCCAUUCAGCAGUUGGAUUUGAUCACAGAUCUGUUGGGCACACCAUCACUGGAAGCAAUGAGGACGGCUUGUGAAGGCGCUAAGGCACACAUACUCAGGGGUCCUCAUAAACAGCCAUCUCUUCCUGUACUCUAUACCCUGUCUAGCCAGGCUACACAUGAAGCUGUUCAUCUCCUUUGCAGGAUGUUGGUCUUUGAUCCAUCCAAAAGAAUAUCCGCUAAGGAUGCCUUAGCCCACCCCUACCUAGAUGAAGGGCGACUACGCUAUCACACGUGUAUGUGUAAAUGUUGCUUUUCCACCUCUACUGGAAGAGUUUAUACCAGUGACUUUGAGCCUGUCACCAAUCCCAAAUUCGAUGACACUUUUGAGAAGAACCUCAGUUCUGUCCGACAGGUUAAAGAAAUUAUUCACCAGUUCAUUUUGGAACAGCAGAAAGGAAACAGAGUGCCUCUCUGCAUCAACCCUCAGUCUGCUGCUUUUAAGAGCUUUAUUAGUUCCACUGUUGCUCAGCCAUCUGAGAUGCCCCCAUCUCCUCUGGUGUGGGAGUGAUGGUGGAAGAUGAUGUACUACUGAAGAUGUAAUGUAGCUUUCCACUGGAGUCUGGGAUUUGCAAUUCUGGAGGUUAAUCAUGCUUGUACUGUAAUUUUACUAAUGAAGUUUUAAAUUAACAACCACUACUUGUAUGAUAUGAAUAAUAUUUAGAAAUGUUACUAGACUUUUAAUCUUGUAAAGUGGUUGUGCUUUUAGAAGAAAAAUAUUUUAUCCAGAGUUGCACAUGUUUUAUGAAUUUAGUGCAGCUGUUAUGGCUCACCUCAGAACAAAAGAGAAUUGAACCAAAUUUGGGAGUUUGGGGUUUUAUGUUUUUGUUUUGUUUUGUUUUUCUUUUUUAAAAUGAAGUGAGAUUGUUCACACACACAAAACACACACACACACAAAGGACAGUCAUACAUUUUGAUAUUUGAGCCAUUCCUAAGGAUUUGGGGUUUUCUAAAACUAAAGAAUCUAGAAACCUUGCCUGCGACCAAUCAUGGAGCCACGUGAGCUGAUCGUGGCUGCACCUGGGGGGAGGGGGGAGGAGGGGCAUGCCACCUAAUGAUCAAGCCCUAUAAUUAGCUUCUCAUUAGAGCCGUGAUGGUGAUGUGUGCUGUCUAAAAUCCAAUGUUGUGGGUAGAGAGAAUGAGUUUGUGACUAGGCGAGACUAAACUUUUGUUUUCCUCACCCAGUAUAAAUAUAUAUAUAUAUAUAUUUAAUCUAUUUUUAUUAGAAGUUUUUCUGCUCUUUCUUACAUAAAAGAACCCCAAGCAUGCAUCUUUCAUGUGUGUAAAUAAUUCAUUUCUGGGCUAAUUUCAAAAGAAUCCCAACAUUACUGUAUAGAGAGAGAACUAGCUUGCACAUUUUAGGUCUGUGAAAUUUUGUGAGACUUUUCCUGCACUGGACAGUAAAAAAAUAAUGAAUAAAAGACAAAAACAAAUUUUAAAAAAUUUAAAGCCACAAAAAAAGGCACAUAGGGAAUUAUGUCAAAUGUGUUUGUGUCCUUAGGCAAAGCUGUGGGAGUCUUGAAAUGUCACAGUAGUAAAUAACUUAUUACUUUUUGACAAAUUCUUUUUGCUGUUGGAACACUGAAUUAUGUGCAUAUGUAUAUAUGAAUACAAAUUGAAGGCCUCUACCUCCUGGAGUUAUACAACUUGGCUUGUUUACCUCCACAUGCUGAUGAUGACUAUUUUUUUUUUAAGUUCAAUGUGGAGACUUGAAACUUGAAUGUCCCUUCCAACUUUUAUAUUAAAAAUAAAAAGACAAGAAAAUUGAAGAUUGUUUUUCACCUGUACAAGGAAUACUAAUGGAUCGUCUUAAAAUUGGUCUAGGAAAAAACCUUGGUGUGUGUUAUGGACAAUUAACUGUUAAAGUUAUUGUAAGUUAUCUGUAUUUAGCAGAGUAUUUUCAUCUUGAGUGAUCUGAGCUGAAUUUGAAGACUAUUAAUAAGUUAUGUUUGGAAGUUUUAACUUCAAUGAAGUAAUUAUUUGCUGUGAAAGAAACAAACAUUGAAUUACUAAACAAAGAUGGUGCAAUAUCUUUGUUUUUUUUUUAUGAGGCUCCUGAGAAUCAACCCAACUGAAGCAUUUCAAUUCACUUGAAUGAGAAACGUGUUUAGUAUCAAAAGAGCCCAAGAAGACACUGGUGUGAAAGGUACAAUCUCAGAGGUUGGUCAAUUACCGUGGCACACUUUCUGGUCACUUUGUACAAUGUAGAUUUGAAGUACAGUGGUGAAAACAUUAAAUGUGACAUUUGAAAAA